GGCAGGUGUUUAUAGAUUAUUAUUAGCAACAGCUGGCGGAUUAUAAUUUCGUUAUAGAGGAAAUUCUGUCGGUGCUGGUAUUGAAAGUGAAGGGAAGUGAGGAUACAGCGACAAGCAGAUUAUAGCCAUCUACAAAUUAAUGACACACAUGUGUAUUGUACAGAGUUAAAGUGUUCUUGGACAAGACGUUAUAUAAUCUUCAGAUGAUCCAAAAAUAGCAGAUCUGUGUGGUGUCUUAUUCAUUGGAGUUUUUCUAGAGCUUUCUGAGUGUGGAAAUUUUAAUUGACUCAGACCUGUGACUAGGCAGACGUUCUCCUCUCUCUCUCUCUCUAUAUAUAUAUUUAUACCUAUAUUUAUUGAGUGGAUUUUGAGAACAGGAAUUUGCAAUGAAUAGAAGACAUUAUAGUAAACCCCACUCAAAGUGGAUCCACCAGAUUUUUGGUAGGUUUGUUUUUGAAACAUAAAAAAAAAUCACACUAAAGGGACAUUACCCUGUAAAUCCUGUGUGAAGUUUCAUUAUCACUAAAUAUAACAUUUUCAUACAAGUAUUAAUAUCUUCAGGGAACUAUGACGUAGGGUGCAUGCAGUGUUUUGAAAUUGAUUUAUAGGUCAAGGUGUCUGGAGUUGUACUUCUAAUUAUCGUUUUUAUGAUGUGAGUGGACUGAUAAUUAUAUUGAACAGGCCAGCGUGGUGACAGCUAUAGUGUUUGAAUGAAUAGAAUUAGUUGAUAGAACAUGUGUCAAUUAGCAGAGUAUAGAAUGUACUAUUUGCAGUUACACAUCAAUGUCUCGAUCUGUAGUAGUGCACUAGUAUGUACUAAACAAUAUGUCACAGUACUCGAGGAUUUCGCACACAAGUUCCUGAGUCUGUUUGAUGCAGAAGGCUAAAUUUCUUUUGUUGAUUACACUUAUUGAUUUUAAUGUUUUGUAUCCUGCGACAUAUUUUCAACAUUCAUCAUAUCAAUAUUACGUACUGAAAUAUUCCUUCACUGAUAUUCAGUGAUAUAAGAAACUAUAUAUUGCAGCAUAAUCCAUAAUCUCCUUAAUAAAAACCUAUAUUUAAGGAAUAAAUGUCGAGGUUAUGUUGAAGAUAAUGAUUAUGCAAAGAUUACUACCUCAGAGUCCACAGUUAAUUGUCUCAAUCUGACAAUGCAUGUGUUAAUUAAUGUUCAAACCUCAAAUGUAAACGAUGAGUGAGUUACUAUUAUAGCUUCAUAAAUGUCUGCUGUGACUGUUUGUAGUGUCUGCUUGACAACAACUACAAUUUAUAGGUCCUCACCCUGAAAUGGUUAUAGCGUGUCGAUGUUAAGUGUUUUUCCGUAUCACGGGCAUUUUCUGCAGCUGUCCAUUUUUUGCGGAUACAGAUAGAAAAAAUCUGCAAAAAUUAUAAUCGCAAAAAAAGUAUAUCGAUGCGUAUACAUAUCAGGUAUAACGCAACUGCAGAAAUUGGAAAUGCAGCUUAUAAUUUGCUACCUAUUAGGGAUCAGAUCACAAAAAUUCCACCCGCAGAAAUUACGUGUCAUAUAUGGUACCUGGCCUCUGUCAUUCAUUAAAACUGACCAGUAAGUACAUGCACUAUAUUCUGACUUUCUUACAUAGUAUUGUAUGAAUAAACAAAAUGGACUGAUAUCCACAAUGUAGGUUACAUACUAUAUGUACCUGAAAAAUAAUGUGAUUAAAAUUGCUGAAAGACACGCAUAUGCCUAUAGUAUCUAAUUAAAAUCAUGCAGACUUCUUAGAUCCGCACCAUAUACUCUUAAGCAGAGCAUACGGUGUGGAUCUAAGACGUCUUAUUUUAAUUAGAUUGUACGUGUAUGCAUGUGCAAUAUUUUUGAGCUUGCUGUUUUUGGAUAUUCGUUCAUCAUUGAAAUGUUUUGAAAUUAGCAUUGUAGGUAUAUGUUAAGACUUGUGUUUGGUCAUUGUGGUCGGAAUGCUCACUACCACACUCAUACAUGUGUGCUUAAUUUGGAUUGGAUAAUGCUCAAAAGUCUAUAAUUAUAAUCUUCUUACUUUUCAAUGAAUUUUUUUGAAAAUCAUACUGUACAUAAAUUUAUAGUAAGGUGUUGGACGUACAGGCAUUAGUCAUUAUAUACUGACAGGCCAUCGUCGGUGACUGACCAACAUGUGCAAGCUAGAAUACAAGAAACUGGAACAAGAUGUUAGACUCCAUCUGAAUUGUAUAUUUCUAGUUGUUACAAAUUUACAAUUUUAGAAUUUACAUGCAUUUUUACACAUGUAUUGCAUGUUUUAAUUUAACAUUGAUGAUUUGCUUGUAUAAAGUUUUACACCUAUAGAUAUAUAUUAAGCCCAUAAAAUGAAAUAUUAUAUUUUUAGCAGUCACCAAAUUGAAUUUGAACAUCAUUGCACUAUUCCAUGUUUAAUAAAGGUAUACACUUUAAAACUAAUUAAUUUAGAAUGUUUGUAAUUUUACCUUGAAUGAAAUGUUUACGGAUUAAGGGGUGACAAAUGCAGCGCUUCACUUGAUGUGAUGGGACAUUAGUUCGUUGUUGGUACCUGUCAGAACCGCUAUAAAGCAGCAAGUGCACAGACCUUAACAUAUUUUUAUUAAAAAGGUGAAUAAGACGUUCAUCCAUCAUUUUAUAAACAAAUGAGGAUAUUAGUGACGCAAGUUAACUCUUAAUGCCUGCAUUUACAAAGCAUAACUUCUGGUUUUUAAAUAUCAUAUUGCUAAGUUUGUCAGUUAAUGAAUUCAGGUAUUCAAUAGUAUAUAUAUAUUAACUGUGCCUGGUAAUAAUCAUGAUUUGAUGAGGUAAAUGAGAAUUGUAAUGAGAGCAUCAGUGAUAGCUGUUAUAUUUUAAUUGUAAGAUUUUGAAGGUCAGGUGAUAAUUGUUAAAUUAUAGUGGUUAAUAUUAUAAUAAUGCUAGUAUUAUAAAUUUGAUGUGUGUUCAGUGAUGAUAAGAUCAAUAAAAAAAAAAUUCGUGUGUAUAAAAAUUUUAUAUAUAUUUUUUUUAUCAUGGCACAAGUUCUAAAGUUUGCAAAUUACCGAAAAGAAAAAAAGAUAAAACAAAUUUUAAAAAAAAGGAGAAUAAAAUUGAAAUUAAAAAAAGAUAGGUGUACAGAUUAGAUGAAAAAUAUUUUGAUAAAUCAGGAUAGCAAAUUCACAAAAUAAAAUUUUCUAGAAUUGUAUUCAUGAAUAAAUAUAAUAUGAUAUAUAUUUGCAUCUUGAAUUGACGCAAGUGUAAAGGUAUACCGUAAACAGCUGCAUACAAUACAUGCAAUGCAGGUUUUCUCAGUUAAAGAAAUUUAAUCUUAUAGAAAUUUAUAAGAAGAUAAAACCAUGUUAUCUUCAAAAUGUUUACUUCUUAUUUUGAAAAUAACAUCACAAGUUGUUUGUUUAUAAAUUCCUGCAUAGGAUAUACCUCUAUACAUGAAAUUACCUAUUGUUAACUCUUUUUCUUUUGAAAAGAUUUUGAUAUCAUCAAUGCUUGUCUAGGGCUGACACCGAUGACGUAAUACCUUGACCCGAAAACUCACCACUUUGUCAGGUGUAAUAAAUAUUUAACAUACACCGCAAUUAAAAAAGAAAAGAUACAUGUCCGUUUCAACUUUGUUGUAGCUUAAUAGUUUCACCUGUUUAUAAGAUAUCGUGAAAUGACGCUGUUGUUUAUAUUAGUAUAGUAUAUUCAGUAAUUGUCGCACUGUUUCAACUUACCUGUGCUGCUUACAUGUACCUGUAGAUAUAUACGAGAUCAUUGUUAAUUUACCUGGUCAUUCUCUGACUGCAGGCUCACCUGUUCACUUGAUAAAAAUAAUCGGGUCGAGGUGUAAGUUUAUCAAGGCAAGGAAUUAAUACAUAAAGGUAAGAAGAAGAUGAGCAGGGAUGAUGUGGAAUCUCACGAGUCAUUGUUGGACGAACAGCCCAAUGGACACGCCAAAGUGGUCAUCGAUCGCCCUGUCUUCUCACAACAGAAAUUUGACGAGGGAUUUAGCCCUGGGUCACGACCUCAGACCACAUUCAGGGAGUCCCUCCUUAAGUCCUGUAGGAAGUGUCAGUGUUCCAGGGACUGCUUCCUGGGAUUUCUGUACAAGAUAUUCCCAUUCAUUGGGAUCAUGAAGGACUACAACAUUCGUACUGAUCUGACCGGGGACAUAGUGUCAGGUUUAACAGUGGGGAUCAUGCACAUUCCGCAGGGUAUGGCGUAUGGCAUGUUGACCACCCUGGAUCCUGUAUAUGGCUUAUAUACAUCCUUUUUUCCUGUGAUCAUAUAUUUCUUUUUUGGAACCUCGAGGCACAUUUCCAUAGGAACUUUUGCAGUAGCCUGUUUAAUGAUGGGAUCGGCCAUUGAGAAGGGUUUGAAGUCCCCCAGUAUAAGCAUCAUCGAAACAUGUAACAACGUUUCCAACUCCAUGGCGACCACUAAUGUGACCAAUCAGACGGGUCCUCUGUACACACUGGAGUGCACUGACAACAGUGAAGCAGUCAAGCUGGAGAUAGCAAUGGCAGUUACGUUCAUGGUCGGCAUUAUACAGCUUGUGAUGGGCCUAGCCCGUCUGGGCUUUGUGACGACGUAUUUGUCGGACCCCUUGAUCAGUGGUUUCACCACGGGAGCUGCAUGUCAUGUGUUUACUAGUCAAAUCAAACAUGUAUUUGGAAUCCAAACUGCCCGAUACAGCGGGGCAUUCAAACUUAUUUAUACAUACCGUGAUUUCUUUGGGAACCUGCCGAAAACGAACGCCAUUACUCUGAUAGCCUCCGUUCUAUUUAUGGUGAUGAUUUACCUCGUCAAGGAGUACAUCAACAAUAACCCCAAGAUAAAACCGAAGCUCAAAAUGCCCGUCCCCAUUGAGCUCAUCGCUGUAGUAUUGGGAACUGUGAUAGCAUACUUUAUGGAUAUUGAAAAUAAUUUUGAUGUAAAAAUUGUUGGAGAUAUUCCCACGGGACUUCCUAUGCCAACUGUGCCAAAUUUCUCUCUGAUGCCAGCUGUUAUAGGCGAUGCCUUUGCCCUGGCCAUUGUUGUAUUUGCCAUCUCCGUUUCCAUGGGAAAAAUUCUGGCCAGAAAAGAGGGAUACGAAAUUGACUCUAACCAGGAGUUGAUUGCGUACGCCAUCACCAAUGUGGGUAGCUCAUUCUUUUCUUCUGUUGCAUCCUCGGCUUCUCUGUCAAGGAGUCUCAUUCAGGAACAUGUGGGCGGAGUCACUCAGCUGACGGGGCUGGUAUCCAGUGCUCUGUUGCUCUUAGUUCUUCUGGUGAUAGGACCUUACUUCAGAUCCCUACCUAAGUGUGUUCUAGCCGCAAUCAUUAUUGUUGCCCUGAAGGGGAUGUUUCGUCAGUUUCUGGAGCUUCCUAAACUCUGGAAAUUGUCCAAAAUUGACUUUAUUAUAUGGAUUCUGUCUUUCCUAGCCACUGUGAUAUUAGAUGUAGAUCUCGGACUCUUGCUUGGCGUGGUGGUCGCAAUAUUUACAAUUGUUUACAGAGUACAGAGGCCUUAUGUGUGUGUAUUGGGACAGAUGCCUGGGACAGAUAUAUACAGGGAUGUUUCUGUCUAUAAAGAGGCAACAGAAAUUCCUCGGGUGAAAAUUUUCCGAUUUGAAAAUGCGAUAUUCUUUGUGAGUGUGGAAUAUUUCAAAACCAUGCUCUUUAAGUACACGUGUAAUCCCAGGCACGUGAAACAGGAUAUUGUGGCUGCUGAACGUCGAGCACGGAAGGAGAAAGAAAAGUUAGACAAAAUCACAUACAAGAAUGACACAAACGAGAUUCAGUUGACUGUAAACGGAGACCAGACCCAGAUUACAGAACUGCAGCCCAGCACUGAUGUCCCAGACAUCGGCUUCGACACGAUCAUCCUGGAUUGUUCCACAUGGAGUUUCAUUGAUUCGAUGGGGGUGAAAGCUCUCACAUCAAUUGUAAAUGACUUCAGGGAAAUAAGUGUCAAAAUUCACCUGGCCUAUUGUAAAGCUGGAAUUCGAGAAAUGCUGGAGAAGACCGGUUUCUUUGUCUGUUUAGACAGAGACAAUUUGUUUGUGACCGUGCAUGAUGCCGUUUUACAUGCUCAACUACAGAGCAGAAACGUAGCACAAGAUAGCGACUCUGAUUCGCCAAUAGAUGGCGCUCCAGGUUCCACAGAAAUAGUACAGAGGUCAGCCAGCAAUGGAAGUCAAAGCGAUGUCAGGUCAUAACACACGUGUUAAUAUUCAUACAACUGACACAACCAUUUGCCAAAAGCCUGCAUUGGCUGAGGUUCAAAAACUUCCAAAGCAAUUCUUACAUCGAACAGCAGUGUGUUCAUGAAUGACCAUCUAAAGGAAAAUUACAUGUGCAUGUUACAGUACCAGGGAUGUUAUUAACAUGUCUCUGCCAGUACACAGAAUUUGUGGCGAAAAAUGAGACACAGUAUAUUUUUAAUGGUGGAUUGAAUGUUUAAUGCUGAGUCAGCACUAUUUUACCAAGUAUUUUUAAUGUAAAUUUUGAAUGUGGGAUGAAAAAAAAAUAAUGGGGAGUUUUAAAGUUUUUAUCAUGAUGGGGAAGACAUCCCUCUGCUGUUUCAUCUGACUACUCUUGAAACCAGUCAUUCAACACUUUACAUGUAUCAUUGGAGAGAGAGUCUUAUCAGGAAUUGUAUUAUGUGUGCAUCUUUGUAGUACAAACUAUUGAUUAGUAUACACAAACCAUUGAUUGAUACAGAGGUUGAUCGUACAGAGCAAUUUGAUUUCCACUGUAGGUCAGAUUCCGCUCAUUACAAAUUAAAACCACAUUGAAUACACCUACAUGUACCUAUAUCCUCUCCAUGCUCCCAAGGCUGUAAUUGACAAUUUCUUGUCACAUAAUGACUGCUUUCACUGCUAAGAUAAAGAUGAACCUCUAUACAAUAUUUCUAUCCAAGAUCUUCCCUUUCUCCACAGUGUGCUCUCGGUUGUUUAUAGGUUGUCAGUGUUUUCCCCUUUUUCUGAGGAGUCUCCAUUGCUAAAGAGAUUUUCAGGCUGUUGUUGUGGUAUUGUCCAAGAACGUGGUCUAUCCACUUCCAUUGUCAUAUUUUUUAGCCAAUAUAGAACGGAUUUCAAAACCAUGACGAGUUUUAAAAUUUUGUGACAACAAAUUGUAAUCAGAGAAUUUGGAAAUGAUUCAAAGCAAAUUAUCUAGCUGUAGACUAUUGAUGUCAAUACAGAAAUGAAUUUAUCAACAGAAAGAUAACAGAGCAAUCAUGAGUCAGCAGAUUUUAGAGUUUGGUGUAAAUGCAAUCAUACAAUCGGUCAUUUUUUUCCUGUUUAGUGUUUGCUUGUGAGUAGUUUUUUUAAAUCUGAAAUUCAAAAAGUACAUUACAUUACACUAAUGCAUUUUUUUUUAUGUCCCAGAGAUAAAAAGAAAAUCAGGGGAGAAAUUGUAUUUAUUUUGUUGAUCUUUCUGCAACUUUAAGUAACCUUGGCGAUGAAUUAUGAACAGCAGUACCCCAGUAAGUGUCAUGUUUACACUAUAGCUUGUCUUUUGAGUCACAUGGUCAAAGACUGUUGCCUCUGCUAAUGAAAGCAGAUAAUUUGUUUCUCAAGAAAUGAUUUGAUCUCAGUAAAGGUGUGGACUUGGGUAUUUGUAUUUGCACUAUGGGUUAGUCUUUUGAAAAUCUUAUCUGGGGUUUCCUAAGCGUUUGUCCUCUGUUACUAAGUAUAGGUAUUGAUGAUAGCAUUUUUAGUAUUUGAUCUUGAGAAAAUCAAUCCGUAUAUUACAUCUUGGCCUAAUUAAUCUGGAGCAUUGAUGUGUAACGAACAUAUCUCGUUUUAAAACAGCAGUUUUGUUGUCUGUACUUCCUGUCUUCCUAUAACACACUGCUUUUUAUGAUAAAAAUACCAGCUUCAGUGCAAGUAAAAUCUAUCUUAACAUAACCGUAUACAUGGAUUUUGAAAUUCGUACCAUACUCAAAAUAUUGGAACAGACUGUGGUAACUCUGCUGGCUGAUACAGCGAUCCCAACCCGACACUAUUAAAACAGGAAGAAAACCGUGAUAGAGACAUCGAUUACUGGCACCAAGCCAGCUCAAAUAUGGCUAAAAAUAGAAUUUACACGGAGGUUUUAUGGACUGGUUUUUUUUUAUUGUGUAUAAUUCUACAGUUGUUGGAUAUCGUGAUUCAGAUUAUUAAUAGUUUGUUAUAAAAAAAAUUAUGAUUUAUGAAUGUAGUUUUUUCAUGCACACAUACUAGUAUUAGAUUUUAUUCGGAUGCAAGUAGUUUUUGUUUGGAUGCGAGUAGUUUUUCUGUGGAUUUUGACGAGUGAUUUACAAAGCAUUAUAUAUAUACAUUGUACAUGUAAUCAUGGGUAAUUAGCAUGCAGUGUUCUGUGUAUAUGCACAAUGUACAGUAUAUACAUUGAAAAUUGUGUAUUUACAGUGGCGAGCAUAAGGAAUGUCAUUUGUUAAGUGCAUUGAGGGGGGAAAUAUGAUCACAAACUUUAUAUUUCAUUGUGAGAGAGCUUUACCCAUGCUUUUAUGAAUUCUUUGAUGUAACUAUUUUAACAUAUAUUUUAUUUUUAUCAAAUUCAGGUGGAAUGUUUUUCUCCAGUGGAGCAUUGUUGUUCAUUCCAAUCGUUUAUUUUUAUCAUCCUUAUUACUGGGGGAAAACUCAAUAUAUCAUUAUAGACUUGUUUAUUUUUCGAAAUAAAGGUUGUUCAUGCUGCAUUCA